AUGACUCAACAAAGCGAAACACCUUCUCAGCCAUCAAACAUGGAGCCGACAACCACGACUACGCCGCCAAAUUAUCGUUCUUCUACUAAUACUUCUUCCUCUGAUCAAAAAAUCAACCUGCUUCAUCAAGACCUUCUUGAAGUUCAAAAAGCUUUGAUUUUGACUCAGUCGAAUUUGCUUGAUGCCUCCGCUAACAUUUUGAAGAAUUCGGCUAGUAAUUCUAUCAACUCUACUGCCACUGUUACUAAUAAUGCUCGCGCUUCUCUGGGAAUUGGUGGCAAUAGCAAUAGCAAUGUUCUUAAUAACGGUCCGGCCGGAUUCGGGUUGAAUACUUAUCAAGCUUUUGUAGGUGCCGGUACUCAUAGCACCAGAGAAAGGGCAAAUAGUGCUUCCGCUGCGUCUACAUUUCUUAAAUCUGGUUUGGGAAAUCAUGAAACACCCGUUAGAUCCGCGACGAAUAAUCCUGCAUCUGCGUUUCUUAAGUCUGGUUUGGGAAAUCAUGAGACUCCCGUUAGAUCCGCAACGAAUAAUCCUACCAAUAACGUUGCGAAUCGAGCUAACAAUGAUAUAAUGAUGAAUCCGGCCGCCGCUGUUUUUAAUCCUAACCUUGGUGAUGAAGCAGCUAACUAUCAUUUCUAG